AUGUUAUCGGUGUGCUUGGAGAUCCUUGGGAUGAUCCUGGCUGUGGCCGGCUGGCUGGGGGUAAUGGUGGCCUGCGGCCUGCCCAUGUGGCGGGUGGCUGCCUUCAUCGGUCAGAACAUUGUCAUCUCCCAGGUAAUCUGGGAAGGGUUGUGGAUGAACUGUUCGGUGCAGAGCACAGGCCAGAUGCACUGCAAGGUGCAUGACUCAAUGCUGGGGCUGCCAGUGGACCUUCAAGCAGCUCGUGCCUUGGUCAUUGUCUCAAUGGUACUGUGCAUUGUGGGCAUUGGUCUGUCAGUGGCUGGCGCCAAGUGCACCAACUGUAGUCGGGAUGUAAGCAGUAAACCACGGCUCGUGGUGGCUGCUGGAGUAACCUUUGUUGUAGCUGGACUGCUGCUGCUGGUGGCUGUGUCCUGGACAGCGCACGCCAUCGUCAUAGGCUUUUACGACCCACUGUUGGAGGAGACGGGGAAGAGGGAGUUUGGUAAUGCUCUGUACUUUGGCUGGGCUGCCUCCUGCCUGCUCAUCCUAGGGGGAGCUCUGCUCUGUUGCUCCUGCCCACCCAUAGCAGCUACAGCGCAGAGUAGUGGAGGCUCCAUGCCUCCCCGGAUGAACUACUCACCUGUCAAGACCAUGUCAGUUAAUGGAUACACCAGAAGAGACUAUGUAUGA